AUGAGAUUAUCGGCAAUUCCACUGCUGGCUUUCCUCGCACUAGGCAGCCUGGCAACAGCCACGACAGACCCUCUGAAUUACCGAAAUAUCACUGGCUACGUGAGCUCCAAGUCCUCAAAUGUGACGACGGUUCUGGAUCUGAUCAGGUCCCGCUCGGAUUUGAGCACGUUGGCCGAGAAAAUCGACGAACUUGAAGGAUUUGCUGAAGCUUUUGGCACUGAUCCCAACUGGAAAUUCACGUUCUUCGCGCCGAACAACGAUGCGUUUGAAAGCUACACUGGGGCAUACUUUGAUGCCUUUGAAGCAGCCCCGAAAGGAAAAUGGUGGCUGGGGAACACCAUCCUGCACCACUAUGUACCUAAUUCGGAGCUCAAAUCAACCAGUUUCAAUGAGACUAUGCAGCGAUUUCAGGUGAGGAAACCCCGCCAGAUACGAUGUGCCCUGUGA